CCUGUGUCCAUGGGCAGGUCAUUCUCCAGAAGAUUCCUUGGCUGGAGAUAGGUUCCUGAGAACUGACCGACAGAAUUAGGCUCAGUGGUCACAAAACUCCCAGGAACAUAGGGAUUUAAGCCUGGAAUCCCCAUGGUCACUUCUUUGGACCAGGUUCCCGCUCUUUGGACUCAGGGCUAUGGGUGGGACAGGAGCCUGAGUCCAGAGGGAGACCUGAGUGGUGGCCCUGCUUGUGCUCCCCUGUCCUGUGUCCAUACCCCUCCUUCCCCAGGAAGGCUCUGCAGCCCCUGGGGCUCCAGAAGAGGAAAGCAGAGCCUUGUCAGUGUUGAUGAGCGGUGACCUAUCAGGGAGGCCAGGGGCCUGCCAGGUGCCAGUGAAACCUAGGGCAGGCAGAAGCACUCACGUCCACCUUGGCCCUGAAACAGGUGUGGGGGCAGGGCCAAGGGGACCGGGCAGCCAGGACCAGACGUCCCAGCAAUGACCAGCUCUCCUGUCUCCAGAGUCCUGUACAACGGCCGGCGGAGCAGCAGCCCCCGCUCGCCGCCCCACAGCAGCGAGAUCUUCACACCAGCCCACGAAGAGAAUGUCCGCUUCAUCUACGAAGCCUGGCAAGGUGUGGAGCGAGACCUGCGCAGCCAGCUGUCGGGCAGCGAGCGGGGCCUGGUGGAGGAAUAUGUGGAGAAGGUCCCCAACCCUGGCCUGAAGACCUUCAAGCCCAUCGACCUGAGUGGUCUGCGACGCGGGAGCAUGCAGGACCCCAAGAAAUCCUAAGGCCCUGCUUCGAGCGACAGCCCCUCUGUCUCCAGCUGCCCCAUUCCUGGGGGUCCUGGGCCUGCAGCCCUGCCCCACCCCCAGCCCCUCUGCUUCUGGCUGGCCACUUGGGCCAGCUGUGAGACGGGCAGCCAC